AUGAGUAAUGAUGGGACAAUCCUGCACUUACCUUCGCCGCCUAUACAUACAGCUUUAAUCCCUUCCACACCAGAGACAGCCGGUGAUAGUGGUACAGUUGGAGCUAUCAACUUUUCUCAACAUCCCGUGAAUCGCAUCUCGUUCCCCACAGGGCCACUGUAUUCCCUAUAUCCCGCAGUCGGCCGCUCAAGUUCUCGAGGAAAGGGCACACAUCCCGCGAUUGCACGAUCUAAUUCUCGAAGAGAAAACAUUGCUCCGGGAAAUCACCGAACGGGCUCCCGAGGAUCGAGCUCACGCCCUUGGGGAGCCAAUAGCCAUGCCCCCAGACGGCGCUCAAGCACAUCCGCCAAAGGGAACAGCGCGGUUCACGGUAAAUCUUCAUUUGGAGGACCGCCAGGAUAUGGUGUCCCGAAACGAUCUUGGAAAAGGACAGUAGUCUCACCUAGCCGCUGGCCUGGAGGUAAAAGAUUCAGGGAGAGUGAAGAGACUUUUGAGACUGUUUCGACCGAAAUUUUCAAUCAGGUGCCACAGGUUAGCCAGAAAAAUGAGGUCCAUCAACCCAGUGUUAGGCUAGUUGAUGGAUCUCCUGAGGGAGCUGAAAAGGCGAGUCAAGUACGAGCGAGAGGUUCUUCGCCUUUCUUCGCGGGGUCUUCCACAGCAUGGAGAAGGGGUUCAAAGGUGCACUCAUCAACUGGAGCCGAGUCGAACGACGGUGACCAAGAUGUCAUCGACGAUGUCAUCAAAACAAUGAUUCGGGAGAAUAGCUAUACGAAGACUAUCGGGACAUAUUCAUCGCUCAAUCUCCCUGAGACACCGCUGCGAAGAUAUAACAGUGCUCUCCCAUCUCAUUUUGCGGCCUCAUCGUCGUUUAUGAAUCAUCCUAGUAGGGGCUUGGCUGCUGAAGAAGAUGGCGCCUUCUCAAAUGUGGUUGAUGAAAGUGGACAAAGGGUCUGGUAUCCGAAACACUCUACUAGAGAAAGCGGUGUUACAUCAUACAGUCGUGGAGGGUCAUCAUAUUAUCCUUAUGAGCCAUUUGAGUACGGCGUUGCGGUGACCUCCACACGAGCACAGGGGCCAGCCAUGGGAAGACCUAGUAUUGAAGAGGAACGGCCAACUCGUAUAGUGGGUGAGAUGCCUAUACCUCCUCUGGUCACACAGCGAGCAAAAUUAGUGGACUUUACGAAGAAAAGACCAGUCGGUAUCAGUGAAGAGGGGAGUGAGGAGGAAAUAAAGGGAAGCUUUCCGGUGGAUAUGACUUAUCUGUAA